UGAUUGGCGAACAUUACGGUCUGCUGAAACUUGCGUCACAAAAUCGUGGUAUAUUUUUAUGAACUAUUCCAAGAUGAAGAUUAUCCAACAUAUUUUCAAAGACAUUAAAUUGCAUCGACUAUUUCUGGAUCUUUCUCUUUUGUCGGCAAAGAUAAGUCUGGCGAUGAUAAUGGCAACUUUCAGAAUGAUUGUACCGUGUUCCAUGAAACGUUUAAUAGGAGAAACCGUUCUUAUCACUGGAGCCGGCCAUGGACUUGGCCGCGAAUUAGCGAUUCAGUUGUCUUUGAUGGGUUGUAUAAUUGUUUGUUGGGACAAUGAUAUCGAUAAUAAUCGAUCAACAAUGAGAGAAGUGUCGAAAAAUGGCGGAGAGGUCUAUGGUUUUGUGGUCGAUAUCUCGAAAAGAAUGGAAGUGCGUGAGACAGUGAGAUUAAUGAGAAAAGUCGGUGUGCCAGAUAUCACAAUGCUCAUUAAUAAUGCAGCUCUAUUACAUCAUAAGCCAUAUCUAAGUUUUGAUCCGGACGACGUAGAAAAGACAUUUAACGUUAACGUACUUUCAAAUUUUUGGACAAUAGAAGCAUUUUUACCUAUGAUGUUGAUGAAAGGAAGCGGUCACAUAGUAGCGAUAAGUAGUAUGUGUGGCAUUUAUGGAGUGUCGCAAAAGGUGGCAUAUUGCUCAUCAAAAUUUGCUGUGAGAGGCCUUAUGGAGGCUCUUCACGAGGAAGUACGAUUAGAUGAAAGAAAACCUAAUAUUUAUUUCACAACGAUAUAUCCAUUUUAUAUUGAUACAGGAUUAGCGAAGGAUCCCAAAUACAGGUUUCCUUAUAUUUUCGGCGUUGUGACACCAGAGUACGCCGCCCGUGAAAUAAUUAAAGCAAUUCGAAGAAACUAUACCGAAUAUUCAAUACCGCGAUGUCUUUUUUCUUUAAAUGCAAUCAACAGGAUUGUUCCAGAAAGCGUAAUGCGUUUGAUAUUAGACUUUUUAGCGAAUGUCGAUCGAAAACAGAAAGAAAAAGACACAAUGAAUGCGAAACUAGAUUUGAUAAAAAUUUAGAAAUUAUACA